CGGUACGUCGCAGUUUGGUCAGACUGCAAAUGCCGCCGUGACGUGAUCGACCAGUCAACUUGUACUAGGAGUACCGUAGACAGAAAGGUAUUUAAAAAUGUCCAAGCUCAUCAAAACUUCUGCAUUUUGACAAAUCCGUUUGACCCAGAAAGAAAUCUAUGGUGUAUUAGGUUGGGAACAAAUCCCAGGAGAAAGAGAGAGAACCAAUCCAAUCGAUUCAAUAGAGAAAAUGACAUCAUUUUUGCCUAUGGAAAUCAAAUCGAGCGUCGACGAAGCCUCGGACGCAAAACGGAGGAGGUUGCUGGGGCGGUAUCGGUAUCAUUUCGGAGUCUUGGCCCUGGCCCUGUUCCUAUUGCUCUUUGUAACAUCGUCUAGCACUACAAAGAAAAGCAACGCCGUAUGCCAGCAGCAAUGUUCCGCCCGCCGCGACCAGAGGUACCAGCACUUCAAAGGGAAAGAUAUUCUGAACCCCAGGGACCUCUUGAAGCUGGUGUCCGACCAAAAGGACUCUCUUAUCGAACAGCUGAAGGUUGACUACGGCGAGGAACACUUCACCAACAUUUUUAUGAACAAAGACGGUACUCCCCGCCCAUUUGUGCCCGUUGGUGAUGAUUCCUCGGAGCUUCUCAAGCGAAAGCUCAUGAUCAAGGUCCUGUCGGCGAUGAAGAAUCUCCGACAAACGGAAUCUUCCUUCCACGGGUGCGACUGCAUCCACGGCGACGUUGGAAUCGCUAGCCCACCGGCGGGGGUGGAGACCAAGCAGGCAUCCGGCGAUAACAACGCUACAAGUACCUUCGAUUCAUCGUUCGAGAAGUACGUUUGGGCCACGGGGGGACACUCGGCCUCGGCGGCCCACGGAAAUCUGUACAAUGAAUCCUACACCGCGUUCAUGGAACGGGAUUUGAAGGACGUUUUUGGGUCGAUCGGGAUAGACUUUUACGGCCGAAAGUACGUUAGUAUUUGAGCUCAUCGAAUGAAUUGAUGUGGUUUGUGUUUGGGCAUCAUGCGGAUCCUCUUUUUGAUUUAUUAAUAGCGCGUGCUUGUUGUUAUUAACUAACGAAACAAUUGUUGGGUCGAUUGAUUGCUCUGUCAUGUGACUCUCUGUCGUAUAGUUAUGCGAUGGGUGGCACGGGCUCGGCAAUGGAGGUCUCUAUGUGCUGGACCGAGAUUUUUGGGGCGGACGUGGACUUUUUUUCUUGGGACUAUGGCAUGACGGACGCUGGCGAGCCCUACCGAUUGAUGCACUAUGCCUACCGUGGCUCUGUUUCCCCGGGCCGGCCCGCCUUCAUGGGCAUCCGGGUCAACCUCGACCGGUACGAGCAGGAUAAGCUCAUCAAACACUUGGCCGAGAGCGGGAUACCGGUGCACAUCGAGGACAAUCCCUCCUUUUCGAAGAUGCGCAAGGGGAUCCCGGAUAGCUUUGGCCUCGACCAGGCCGCGUUAACUGCUAUGCCCGAAUACGUUAGGAACUUUCGGUGCCAGGACAUGUAUGAAAAAGGGGAGCCUUAUUGCGAAACUGAAAAAUACACCAAGGAGCUUUGUGAAGAUCGGCGGGGGAAGGCACCUUGGCAUCCAGGAAUGUAAGUUACAGAAGAGCAACAAUGCAUUCUUGCGAAAGUUAGAAAAUAGUUGAAAAUGUAUCCAUCUCUUUAUUUCACCGACCACCUGACCCUAUAAUUCAUUCAUUCCUAUCCUUUCAGAAAGACGCAUGCCAUGGUUGGCCAUGCUCUAUCACUUUUCCUCAUUGAGAACCUACAGUCGGCCCUGAAGGAGUUGAUAAAAAACCAACCAGAGAGUGUCGAAAUCCUGCUGUCUCGGCUUAAACAAGAAGAGGAAAACCUAUUUGAUACCAAGAUUUCCAGGGCAAGUUUCGAAGAUUAUGCCAAAAAAUUGUUCUAUGCGAGAGACAAAGAGAACAUCGAGAGCGUCGAUCCAACCAUUUUCUACACGGGAAACAGCAUGUGUCACACCGCGCGGACCCCUGCCGAGACACGAUACCUAGGCUAUCUGACAAACACGGACAAAGUUGGUGGACCCGCGCCUAUUGGUUCCGAGACCGUGAGUAACACCCGCUGGCGAUUGGCAGCAUUUACAUUCCAGCAAAGACCUAUUUCCUCACUUGUGUUUUGCCUCUAUUUGCCUGUCGUUGCAGUACGACGUUGGCGUGGAAGAUGUGGACGUGCCGCUCGAUACUGAGGAAAUGGUGCUCACUUGGCAACAGGACGAGAAGCGCCAGGCCGAUUGCCCGGUGGCCGUGAGCAUCGACUACAAGGAUUCGUUCAUGUCGCAGGGGGGCAACUGGAACACGCUGGUGUUCCCCAACGACGCCGAGCGAGCUGCCUACGGGUACGAUCCUCAGCAACAGGUGAAAGGGUACGUCUUGGUAGCCUUCCGCACCUGCGACUGGGAUCGGUGCGAAGAAAAGUUCGUAGGCCACAAGGAGUUCGAUGCGGAGGGAACGAGCUGGGAGAUGAAGGUAAAUGGAGUGGCCGUAGAGAAACUGGUAGACGUCGGCCACAAGGUGCACCUGCUGAAGGGCACAAACGGGUUUGUAUUCAAACCGACCGAGAACAACGAUUACAAGUUCGAAAUCAAGGUGAAUAUCCCCGGCAAGUACGUCAAGGUAUCCUCUUUCAUUGUAGUUUAAAAACGAGAAGAUUCUAAGCCAGUCACAACAGACAAAAGUUCCCUUUGUGUGUACUAAACUAAGAUAGAAAUC